UGCUGGGCCUGGCGGCGGCGUGACCCGGAAGCGGUUGCGUUGUCGCGUCUGGAGGCGGCGGCGGCGGAAGUGGUCGUGUAGGGGGCUGCGGCGGAAGGAUGAACGCCCCUCCGGCCUUCGAGUCCUUCUUGCUCUUUGAGGGGGAGAAGAAGAUCACCAUCAACAAGGACACCAAGGUCCCCAACGCCUGCCUUUUCACCAUCAAUAAGGAGGACCACACGCUGGGGAACAUCAUCAAGUCGCAGCUGCUGAAGGACCCACAGGUGCUGUUCGCCGGCUACAAGGUCCCCCACCCACUGGAGCACAAGAUCAUCAUCCGCGUGCAGACCACGCCCGACUACAGCCCGCAGGAGGCCUUCACUAACGCUGUCACCGACCUCAUCAGCGAGCUCUCCCUGCUGGAGGAGCGCUUCCGGGUGGCCAUCAAAGACAAACAGGAAGGCAUUGAAUAGCAGCCAGAAGGGGCUUCGGGGCGCCCUGGUCCUGCUUGCACUUGGAUUCUGUCCUUCUCCGGCCAUGGGGCGAG